UCCAUUCCCUUCUUUUUUUUUUCAUAUUCAAUUUGACAUUAUUCAAAUGUUAUCCACACAAGGUGUUGAUCUGAUUGUUAAAACAACAACAGCGACGACGAUAUCAGCGACAGCAGCAUCCGAUCAUCGUCAUCAAAGGCCAUUGUAUAAUAUUAGUAAUAGCAAUAAUCAUCCACAUGAACAUUCAUAUAGUCAUAAAUUUAAUAGGACUGAUAAUCAAUUGUCAUCAUAUCAUCAAAUACCGGAAAAUUUUGAAACUUAUUCCGAUUUGAAUCAUACGGCGACUGACGAACAAUUUCAACAGGAAGAUUUAUUGAUCGAACAAGAAGAAUCUUUAUUCAUACCGUGUACAGACACAUUAGAAUUUGACGAUUUAGAAAAAACAAUGAGCAAUAGUACUCAGGUGUCGGCACCACCCGUUCAAUUCCUCCAGUCGAACACGUUUGGUGGAUUAGUCAUGUCCGGGCCUGGUAGUAAUGUUGUUGGUCAGGUCAAUGAAGCGAUAAUGGAUCAUCAUCAUCAUGGUUUAUCGCAUCAUCAUCAACUUUGGGGUCAUUCAGAUUUUGCUAAUGGAGUUAGUUCGACGACAGCAAAUAACAAUGGUGGUGGUGCAACAAAUUCCACUGCCCAAACAAUGAUGAUCGAUGAAAAUAAUGGUGCAAUUACGAUUAUAUCAAAUGGUCAUCACCACCAUCACAACACACCAGAGCUACAUGAAUUAACGCCAACGGAUUUAUCCAAAUAUCUCGACGAUGAUGAUCUAAUGGGCCCAAGCUCAAAUCUAUCGGAUACAGUCAUGAAUGGUGUACAUGGCUCUUCUGCAAUGAACAAUGCAUUUGUUUGUGAUCUUGAUUCAUUAUUGGAUGAUCUCCACGCUGAUUCCACCCAUCUUUUGUUGACUAACCCAGAAAAGUUGCUUUCACAGCACAAUGAUGGAACCACCUCCACGACCAACAAUAACAAUGCAUCAUCAAAUACGAAUUCCUCUUCCUCAUCAUCGCCUCCAAGUCAACAACUUCAACAUUUAAAUCUAAAUCUAAAUAACAACAGUAAUAAUGACCAAAUUGAAAUUCUAUCCACAACAAGAGCAACGAACAAUAAUCAAACCAUUCUACUUUCUACAUUGUUAUCUUCAGCAUCAUCAUCAAAUUCAUCAUCCACAUCGACAUCAUCACCAACACCAACAUCAAAUGGCAAUGAUGACGAUAAUACAACUACCAUAAUUACCAAUAUUGAUUUAGACAUACCAAAUUCAUAUAAAACAAAUGAAAAUCCCUGUUCAUCUACGAACAACACUGCAAAUAGUAAUAAUUCAAUGGUCGAAACCAAUAAUUCCAUAGUGAUCGUAUCAUCGCCAACAUCUACAUCUGCACAGCCACAAUUUGGGUCCCAACAGCAACAACAACAACAAUCAUCAAAAUCAAAUCUUGCCACAACAUCAGUGUCAGCAACAACAACCACGACUACCAUGUCGAGAACUAUUAAUUCCAAUUAUUCGUUACCAUUGGCUCGUAAAAGCCAAACAGUCAAUGAAAAACCACAACAUCGUCGAAUCUCAAUCGAAACCCGUGAGCAUCUAGGCAAACCAAUAUUUUCAUCAUCAUCUCGAUCAUCUAAUCGCCAAUCAUCUCAACAACGGCAAGUGACAAAACAACAAUCUCAACCAUUACCCGAUUCAACAACGCCGACACCUUGUUCAUCUAAUACAACGAACAAAUUGACUGACGGUGGUUCCAUUUUACAAAACGCCCUAUUACAACCUCGUUCAACAUCAUCUUCGACAACAUCAUCUAUAUCCUCACAAAAUUCAAAUUCAACCACAUCGAAUAAAAGUAAUAAUAAUUCCAUAAGUGAACAUUUUUAUAAUUUAAUGAGUGGCUUGUUGAAGUAG